GGCGCUAGUUGUGGUACGUACGUGCCGCGCCGCCUGCUGGGGUUCACAGGUCUCAUAUGCAUCGAUCAUAGGCCUGUGCAUCGAGCUGAGUACAUGUGAUGUAGGUGGGCCCUGCACAAAAAAAGGAUGGCAGAUGAAGAAGAUGACUACAUGUCCGAUUCUUUCGUAGUUGAAAGUAGUAAGACCACCACACCAGGCCUGCUGUGGGGCAAGCAUGCCCUCAAGAAACAUCAAGAGGACAAGCACAGGACCAUCAAUGAGCAGCACCGGGCUAAGUUCAAGCCUAUCAAAGAGCGCGAGCAGGAGCACCGACUGAAGGGCUUGGGCAACGCCUUGUCUAGUCAGAACAAGGGCUUUGCCCUGCUGGAAAAGAUGGGGUACAAGCAGGGCAUGGGGCUGGGAAAAACUGGUGGUGGACGGUCAGAGCCCAUUCCGGUAGAAAUUAAGACAGGUAGAGGGGGCUUGGGACGGGAAAGAGAAAUCAAGGACCAGCAGGAGCGGCGGAAGCAACAGUUCCAGGAAGCGCUGCAGCGCCGCGCUGCCCAGGAGCAGGUAUACAGGCAGGACUUUAGGCAGCGCAUGAGCAGCAGGUUCACUGACAAGGAGACGGAGAAAGACUUGGACAAGAGCCAGAAGGCAUGCGAGCAUCUGGAUCGGCUACAGGAGAUUGUGGAACCUGUGGAGCCUUGGUAUUGGCCCAAACAGCCUCCUAAGAUGCAGGAAGAUGAAGAAGAAGAGGUGGAAGAAAAUGAGUGUGGAAGUGACAUGACUUCGGCUGAAAAACUCGUCCAUUUAACUGGAUACCUCCGCAGACAACACAGAUACUGCAUAUGGUGUGGGACAUCAUUUGAUGAUGGCAAUGAUUUGGCAGACAAUUGUCCUGGCGACACAGCUGAUGACCACAGGUAGCAGAGGAGUUUUGUGAAGCAGUGCAUGAAGAGACUUUGCAUAGUGUAUAUGUGUGUACCUGAAGACUUUCCAAUUGCAUAUCAGCAUUGCCACCUGAUGGUCAGGUGGCUUAUAUACCACAUCUAAUUUGCUUUAUUGCUGGUAUCUGGAUAAAGGGCCACUCAGGUAGAUUAUUUUGUCAAGAACUAGUAUUUUACACAGUCUGAGUUGUUACUUCAAAAAGGUUUGCGUGGCAGUUAAAAGUCAUUUCAAAUGGUAGUCUUUGAUGGAGGUUUUCAAGCAUGGUUAUUAUAGGAUGGAAUGACAUAUACUAUGAGAAUGUAACAAAAUAUAUUCGAUGGAAACCAUCUUAGACUUACUUAAGCUCUUUUCACGUCAACUGGACUACACAAGGUCCUUUUUCGUAGAACUGGUUUCAUUCCAUCUUAAAUGAAAGCUCAUCCCAGAAGUGAGAGAUGGCCUUAGAAUUUUCAAACAAAUUACACAAAAUCAACACCAUGGGUCACCAAAUGGCUAAUAAACUCAGUUCUGAAGAUAGAAUCUGCAUUAACCACUUCGUGCCAGGGCAUUUUUCAAUGUUGAUGAUGCUGGGCUGGUAUGACUAUCAUUUUUUCCGUUUU